GGCGCAACCCGUACGGUAUCAAUACCCCCGAUCACUGCGCCGUCGCCCAGACGCGACCAUCAUCGUUUCUCGGCAUCAGGCAGACUGCAAAUGGCUCUGGUGCAGUAUUCGGAUUCCGAAUCAGAAGAGGACUCUCCUCCAAGACCUAUCAAGAAGCAUCGUUCCGAGACCACCUCCGCCUCCGCCUCCGCCUCAGCCUCAUCUCUUCCCCCACUCCCCAAAUCCUUCCACGAUCUCUAUGCCUCCAGUACUCGUGUCAGCGUGAAAGAUGACCCCAGUCUCCAUGGAGGCCGGAAGCGAGUGAUCCCUCAUAUCGAGGGGAAUUGGCCCACGCACCUCUAUCUCGAAUGGUUCCCUUCCAAAGAAGAGCUCGCCAUUCUGAGUGACGUUCUCAGCCAGUGCGAAGACAAGCUAGCAAACAGCAACAUAGACGUCCAGAGUCUAUUGAGAAGUGACCUGGGGGCCCAGCUUCCCCUUCAUAUCAGCCUGUCCCGACCGGUGGUGCUUCGAACGGAGCAGAAACAACCAUUUCUGGAGACAUUUACCGCCGCUCUCCAAGAAUCCAACGUCUCAGCGUUUGACGUGGUCGCCGACAGUCUUCACUGCGUUUCUAAUUAUGAACAGACACGGUGGUUCUAUGUCUUGCGCGCGAGGAAGCCCGAGCAUGACAACCUAAAUCGCCUGCUCGGGAUUUCAAAUCGCUGCCUAGCUCUAUACGGUCAGCCACCGCUAUACGAGCCUCCCCACGAACCAGGCGCGGAACGAGAGUCCAGGUCGUCAGGGAAGUCGGCGCCAAAAUCCGCAGUCAAGCAGCCUCAGAUGCGCGACUAUUCUGAAUGUUUUCACAUUUCUCUCGCGUGGAGUCUGACUGGCCCUUCGCCCGAAGACCGAGACCAGGUCGCAGAGAUCGAUCUCCGCAGAUUGAGUGGUCUUCGGAUCCCUUUCGAUUGCGUGAAGGCGAAGCUUGGGAAUCAGAUUACAAGCAUCCCAUUGUCGACUGGGAUUCUCGGCCAGCGAAGUUAGGCGCAUGACACGAUAGAAAUCCGUUGUAAUUUUGGCUGUUCAUAGAAUUACCUGCUUUGUAUAGUCUUCUCGAUACGCAUAUAGCCAUAGUGCA